AUGCAUCUGCAACUAGUGCCAUGGCUUGCCGCAGCAACACUGUGUGCAACACUGUGCUCAAGCUCAACAUUAGGCACCACCUCAGAAGCUGACAAAAUCGCCAGCUUGCCAGGACAGCCCAAGGUUAGCUUCGGCCAGUAUGCAGGGUACGUCACCGUGGAUGAGAAGCAACAGAGAGCCCUCUUCUUUACUUUGCCGAAGCCGAAGCCGACCCGGCUUCGAAGCCUCUCGUGCUUUGGCUCAAUGGAGUUUGCUUUUGUGUUGGGUUUGCACUUUGCAGGGCCUGGUUGUUCGUCCAUUGGACUUGGUUCUUUCAGCGAGCAUGGACCAUUCAAGCCCAGAGGAGAUGUACUACUGAAAAAUGACUAUAGCUGGAAUAAAGAAGCAAACAUGUUGUACCUGGAAUCUCCUGCAGGAGUUGGUUUCUCCUACUCUGUCCAUACUUCUUAUUAUAGCUCGGUCGACGACGAGAUGACAGGUUCUUUUCCUUGCAAAUUGCGAUAUGUUUUUAACAAACUAAAGUGCAGCGAUUAUUUACAGAGGUAAUGUGAAGCUGAAAUUAAGUAUUAAUACCUGCUCUACAAUGCUUCCACAUUUCAGCAAAGAGACAAUCUCGCAUUCCUCCGUAGCUGGUUCGAAAAAUUCCCAGAAUACAAGGAGAGAGAUUUAUUCAUCACAGGAGAGAGCUAUGCAGGUCAUUAUGUUCCACAACUUGCAAUGCUCAUCGUGCAGUCCAAGUUGUUCAAUUUGAAGGGAAUUGCUAUAGGAAAUCCACUUCUCGAGUUUAACACCGAUUUCAACUCACGGGCAGAAUUCUUUUGGUCUCAUGGAUUGAUAUCAGACGCAACCUACGAAAGUUUCAACACAAUGUGCAAUUACUCCCAAAUUCGCAGACAGGCACAGAGCGGCACCCUCACCCCUGUCUGCUCUCGUGUCAACAGUGAAGCAAACAGAGAAAUAAGCAAAUUCAUUGACACAUACGAUGUCACUCUUGAUGUUUGUUUGUCGACAGUUUCUUCACAGUCCGCAGUUUUGAAUAAGCUGCAACAAACAGAGAAGAUAGAUGUAUGUGUACAAGACGAAACCCUCAAGUACUUGAACAGGAAAGAAGUACAGGAGGCUCUGCAUGCUCGGCUGGUUGGAAUCUCUUCAUGGACAGUUUGCAGCGACGUUCUCGAAUAUGAAUAUCAAAAUCUGGAGAUACCCACCAUUACGAUUUUGGGGGAGUUAGUGAAGUCAGGAAUCCACGUUUUAGUUUACAGCGGUGAUCAAGAUUCUGCUAUUCCAUUGCUCGGAACAAGGACUCUAGUGAAUAAUUUGGCAAAGCAGUUGGGACUGAACACAACCGUGCCUUAUAGAGUCUGGUUCGAGGAAAGUCAGGUUGCUGGGUGGACACAAGUGUAUGGAGAUAUAUUAUCAUAUGCAACAAUCAGAGGAGCAUCUCAUGUAGCACCGUUUUCGCAGCCGGAGAGAUCGCUGGUGUUGUUUAGCUCAUUUCUAGGAGGGAGGCCAUUGCCCGAAGGGCCCUUGUCCAAGUCUGCCGUGGAAAAACAUAACUAG